UCUGUCGCUCUCUAAAAACGGGCAAAAAUCUCUGGUUCUCUCUCUCUCUCUCUAAAAGGCGAAGACCUCUCGUUUCCUGUACUCGGGCAAGAAUCAAUAAACAGAAAUGGCUGGCGUUUUCUGUCCUCUCUCAUCAUCCAAAUUCCGCUCUCUCUCCUCAACUAACCCCACCUUGCAUCUCUCUAAACCUCACCUUCCUGCAACUGCUUUCCCGUGUUCUUCUCCCUCUCUCUCUAAAACUUGCCCUCCAGCUCUUCAUCCCUCUAAAGCCCAUCUCUCUUCUGCAACUCUGUCUAGAACCCACAAAGCAAACCCAUCAAGAAUCCGGGCGUUGAGUCAAAACCCAUUAGAGGAGCCCGAAAAUCCAUCAUACUUCUGUGAAACUGAAAACCCAUCUCCAAAAUCCUCUUCUCCCAACAACCCAUCUCAUGAUUCCUCUCAAAACCCAUUUUUGCAGAGACAGCUUGUGGAAGAUGAUCACCCGAGAGAAGAAUGUGGUGUUGUGGGCAUCUAUGGCGACCCUGAAGCAUCGAGACUUUGUUACUUGGCUCUCCAUGCUCUUCAGCACAGAGGCCAAGAGGGAGCAGGCAUAGUUUCAGUCAACAACAAUGUUCUCCACUCGGUUACUGGUACUGGUUUGGUUUCUGAUGUCUUCAGUCAAUCAAAGCUUGCUCAGUUACCGGGUUCAUCAGCCAUUGGCCAUGUUCGAUACUCCACAGCUGGUUCCUCCAUGCUCAAGAACGUCCAGCCCUUUGUUGCAGGCUAUCGCUUCGGCUCAGUUGGGGUAGCCCACAACGGAAAUCUCGUCAACUACCGAACCCUUCGAGAUACUCUCGAGGACCAAGGUUCCAUCUUUAACACUUCGUCUGAUACAGAGGUAGUUCUCCAUUUAAUUGCCAUCUCUAAAGAAAGGCCCUUCUUUUUGCGCAUUGUUAAUGCCUGUAAACAAUUAGAAGGAGCUUACUCCAUGGUUUUUAUAACAGAGGAUAAAUUAGUAGCUGUUAGGGAUCCCCAUGGUUUUCGCCCCCUUGUUAUGGGCAGGCGCGAAAAUGGGGCAGUUGUGUUUGCCUCUGAAACCUGCGCUCUGGACCUCAUAGAGGCGAAAUAUGAGAGAGAAGUGAAUCCUGGUGAAGUUAUAAUAGUCGAUAAUGCUGAAGGAGUGAGUUCCCUAUGUCUCCUCCCCCAUAGAGAACCCAAGCCUUGUGUUUUCGAGCAUAUCUAUUUCUCUCUCCCCAAUUCAGUAGUUUUUGGAAAAUCGGUCUAUAAAUCUCGAUAUACAAUUGGCCAAAUUCUAGCUAAAGAGGCACCGGUUGAAUGUGAUGUUGUUAUAGCAGUUCCUGACUCUGGUGUGGUUGCUGCAUUGGGCUAUGCAGCCAUGGCUGGUGUCCCAUUCCAACAAGGCCUAAUUCGAUCUCAUUAUGUUGGUCGCACGUUUAUCGAGCCCUCUCAGAGGAUUCGGGAUUUUGGGGUCAAGCUAAAAUUAGCGCCGGUUCGAGAUGUGUUAGAGGGGAAGAGAGUGGUGGUCGUUGAUGACUCAAUAGUGAGAGGAACCACAAGCUCUAAGAUUGUUAGGUUGAUCAAGGAAGCAGGGGCUAAGGAGGUUCAUAUGAGAAUUGCAAGCCCACCCAUCAUUGGAUCUUGCUUUUAUGGGGUUGAUACGCCGAGCCCUGAUGAGUUGAUUUCUAAUAAGAUGAAUGUUGAAAAGGUUAGAGAGUUUAUUGGGUCUGAUUCUCUUGCAUUUUUGCCAUUGGAGAGCUUGAAGAAAUUCAUGGGGGGGUCAGAGUUUUGCUAUGCUUGCUUUUCUGGGGAUUAUCCGGUUCCUCCAAGGGAUGUGAAGAUAAAGCAUUUAGGCGACUUUGUUGAUGAUGGAUUGAGUGGUAAAGUAGAUGAGGGGUGGACUCAUGCUCCAAGUAAUUAGAUAAUUGGAUUGAUGGGCUGGUUUAGAGUUUUAUUAAUUGAUUCUUUAUUUGGGAUGAAGUUUAUUUAUGAAUUCGCUAUGGUUGAUGAAGUUAUAAAACAUGGUGAAAGUUCAAUACCUUAAGAUAUAAGAUUUGGUAAUGGAUGGAUGACUCUCAAUUAUCAAAGGAGGAAAAGAAAUGGAAGAAAAUAAGGGAAUGCAGAUCGUAGCGCUCAGUUUUUCUAUCAUGGGAUCAGUACAUGCAUUUAUAGUGGCAGUUCAUGCAUGUUUUUAUCAAGUGGACUGCAGCAUAUGAAGUUUCCUCAUUAAGGUGGUUUCUUACAGCAUAUGAAGUUUCCUCAUUAAGAUUCUUUGUCUUGCAUGUUACCUAUGAUGAGCUUGGUGUCCAUAAAGUUAUACCUGAUUCCACCUUCUUCAAAAGAUGGAGCCACAAAAUUGAAGCAGUUAUAACACAUGGUCAUGAAGAUCACAUCGGUGCAUUACGUUGGGUAAAGUUUUCCACCUCUUCCUAACCCGAGCCAGACCCAAAUUGUUCAAAUUUGUUUUCUUUUGCUUCCCUUGAUACAUGAAUGAAAUUCUAAUAUACAAAUCAUACAAAAAUAAUUAAUCACAGAAAAAUUAUCUCUGAGUCUCUAUGGGUUGAUUGAGAUCUCUCUCUGUGAACGUAUCAGUGAUUACCUCAUGAUAGCCAGGCCUUCAUAUUCAUUGGUCAAAAUAUGAUAUAAAGAUCUUUGUUUGCUUUAGGCCUUCUAGCAUCUCUUGGCCAAACAAGGGUCCUCUAUAACUCUUUAGGGCAACCCCUUUUGCAAUUCUAAUAAUUUAGCCAUGACAGUCGGGACCAGGGUUACCUUUGGCUGUGUACUGAAAACUCAUUUAAAUGGUACACUUGGUGAGUGGCUUCCAAUCUGCUUGUGAUUGAGGUUCAGUUUUAUGCUCGUGUUAUUGUGAUUUGUGAUGAUUUUAGGUCUUCUAUCCAACUUUCCAAUUUAUGUCUUUAUGAGUGCAAGAUAUGCUGUGCCACCUUAUAAUAUCGAUCAGAGUUUAUUUCUCCCGUGCUUUGCAUCGGGAGACAUGAUUGUUUAUUUUUCUCCAAAUACAACAAGAAAGUCUUCCAACUUGAAAAUUUCCCGUUCUUAUUCCACCUCAUGCCUUUUGAGGCCUGUAAAACACAAGAUUCCCAGACAUAUACUGAGGUCAUAGUUUUUCAUUUAUAUUCUCCACAAUUUUGGUCUAUUUCAGAAGAAAAUUUUAAGUUCUUUCCUGAGGUGGCCAACCAAAACAAGUAUUCUUUAUUGCUUGAUAAUAGAAUAAAAGAACUACUUUCAUUA